GCACAACACCGGAUCUGUUUCCGAGUCCGAACCGCGCACAUUAACACGGAAUGCCAAAGCUGAGCUCUGAAAACACACACUCUCACAACAUGCCACGCGUGGAUUGAGCAGGGCUGUGUCACGUGACUGGUACAGGAAGAGCCGUUUGAUGGAGCAGGCAGCACGAGACAGGACGGUUAGCUGCCGGGAUUCCAGAUGCUGCUCGGUCUCGUAAUCUACGUCAUCAUUUCUCUUCACUGGGGGUCGUUUUCAUUCUCGGUAAAUCAGUUUCAUUGCCCACACAUCUCACCCCUAACUUUAUGGGGUUUUCCCGGAGAAUAAACAACAGCACAGCUGGAAUGGCCGUGCUGCAGAGCAAAGUGCAAAGUCCACAGCCCUGAGCAGCUCUCAGUCGUCCCCCACGCAGGACACAACCACUGGCUCUGGAGAGGCGUCCAAAGAACAGUUGGGAAUUUGACUUUGCAAAACUUUUUGGACUGUUUGGACCGGAGAAUGUUUGCGAGCGUGCUCCUGCUUCUGGUGGCUCUGUGUGCCCACGGAGGCCACGGCGAGGAGGCGCCCCGGCCCGGCCACGUCUCCGUGGUCGUAGUGGGCGGCACGGGGGACCUGGCAAAGAAAUACCUGUGGCAGGGAUUCUUCCAGCUGUACGCGAGGCAGGUCAGUGGCGGAAACACCUUCUCCUUCUACGGCGGAGGACUGUCCCCCGCAGAGAAGGCCACGCCGCUCCUCUUCGAGAUCCUGAAGGCGGUCUCCUGCCCGGGGGACGUGUCGGCGGAGCGCUGCGCGCUGCUCAGGGAGCAGUUCCUGCGCCUGUCGCAGUACCGGCAGCUGAAGACGCAGGAGGACUACCAGAGCCUGGCCGAGCACAUCCAGCUGCAGCUUCAGCAGGAGGGGAUGACGGAGGCGGGCAGGCUCUUCUACCUCUCCGUCCCAGCGUUCGCCUACGCAGACAUUGGCCAAAAGAUCAACGGCAGCUGCCGGCCGGCCGGCGGGGCCUGGCUGCGGGUGGUGCUCGAGAAGCCUUUUGGCCACGACUACAGGAGCGCUCAGGUGCUGGCCUCUGAGCUACGCAGCUCCCUGAAGGACGAGGAAAUGUACAGAAUCGAUCACUACUUGGGAAAGCAGGUGGUGUCAAAGAUCCUUCCAUUCAGAACAGAGAACAGAAAAUAUCUGGAUCCCAUCUGGAACAGGCAGCACAUUGAGAGAAUAGAGAUUGUUUUGAAGGAGACCCUCGAUGUUAAAGGUGGUCGCAUCCCCUUCUAUGACCAGUACGGGGUGAUCAGGGAUGUGCUGCAGAACCACCUGACCGAGGUCAUGACCCUGCUGACCAUGAAGCUUCCCUCCAACGUGAGCAACAGCGAGGAAGUCCUCCAAAACAAGCUGCAGGUCUUCAGCUCGCUGCUGCCUUUAGGGAAGAACCAAGCCGUGACGGGACAGUACCAGACGUACAACAGCGAGGUAGAGCAGGAGCUGAACACAACCAAAGGCCACAUCAGCCUCACGCCAACAUUUGCAGCUGUUCUGGCUCACAUCGAUGAGGCCCAGUACGAGGGGGUUCCCAUUCUCUUGAUCUCGGGGAAGAUGUUGGACGAACGAGUGGGGUACGCACGCAUACUGUUUAAAAACGACGUGUUCUGCCUUCAGAACCACAACAACGUUCACUGCAAGCCCAAACAGAUCGUUUUCUACUUUGGGCACGGCAGCCUUCAGUAUCCCGCCGUUCUUGUUAGUAAGAAUUUGUUCAAGCCAGUCAUGACGGGCAGCGAGUGGAAGGAAGUGACCGAGCACAAAGAGGUCAGCGUCUUGGGUCUGCCCGCGUCCGACUACUACGUGCAGACCCCGGCCGAGGAGAAGGAAGCCUACGCAGAACUCAUUUCCCACAUCUUUCACGGGCGUAAAGACAGUUUCAUCAGCACGGAGAACCUGCUGGCCUCAUGGGGCAUGUGGACCCCGCUCCUCCGCAGCCUGACCAGCGCUUUCCCCCGGAUUUACCCCGGUGGCGCCGAGAACGGCGACAUGCUGGACGUCCGUCUGAAAGGGAACGAGAUCAGCUACAACAGCGAGGUGGUGAUCGUCAGCGCGGACAAAAUGGGCGACUCCUCGGCCAGCAGCUUCAAGGUGAUGCAGGGCAAAUUCCGCAGCGCCCACAUGGUGUCCGCCUGGACCGAGGAGCUGGUGGAGACGCUCGCCGCCGACAUGCAGGAAGCGGCCGAGGCCGCCAUCGGCGAGGGCGGCGUGUUCCACCUGGCGCUGUCCGGCGGCUCCACGCCGCUGGCCCUGUUCUACCGGCUGGCCCUGCACCACUUCUCCUUCCCCUGGAGGAGCACGCACGUGUGGAUGGUGGACGAGCGCUGCGUGCCGCUCACCGAGCCCGAGUCCAACUUCUACAGCCUGCACGAGAGCCUGCUGAAGCACGUGCGGAUCCCCUACUACAACAUCCACCCCAUGCCCGUGCAGCUCAACCAGCGCCUGUGCGUGGAGGACGACGGCGGGGCGCUGCUCUACGAGAAAGACCUCAGCCAGCUGGUCAACGGCUCCAGCUUCCACUUCGUGCUGCUGGGCGUGGGCUACGACGGCCACACGGCCUCCCUGUUCCCCGGCGCGAAGGCAGACCAACACGGCCAGAGCCUGGUGGCUCUCACCGAGAGCCCCAGCAAGCCGCACCAGCGCAUGAGCCUCACGUUCAACGCCAUCAACCGGGCACGCAAAGUGGCCCUGCUGGUAAUGGGAAAGGGAAAGCAUGAACUGGUCACCCAGCUGAGUCGAGUAAAGGACAUGCCCGAGAAAUACCCCGUCACAGGCGUGAAGCCCGCUAACGGCAGUCUGGUUUGGUAUAUCGACUACGACGCACUUAUUGGGUAAAUAGUUUUUUCUAUUUCUAAUUUCCAGUCAAAACACCUUUGAAGCUGCUGUGAAAGAACUGCGAAGAAAAGAAAGAUUUUGGAAGUGAACAAGCAGAGAAAGAACGAGUUGUUUUCCUUAACUACAAAUAAAAUAGAUUCAACAUUCCUGCUUCAUUAAAAAUAAACUAUUUGAAAUUUCAUUUCUGACUUGUAAACGCCCCCACUUUGACUUCAUAACUGAAAGAAAAGGGUCCAUUAUGCGAGUGGAAAACUGUAAAAAAAAUUGUUCUUUAUUGAUGAGUCCAUGUGCUUGCAGGAAAAUGGAGACUCAAAGAGGACACUGAGAGGUUUGUGGGUUUGAUAUUAAAAGGAUGUGUUUCAGCUGUGGUUAAUGCUUAACUAAUGGAUGCAGAGUUUGCGAGCACAAGACGUCAACAGGAAGGCCUGCAGCUUCCUUACAAAGUGCCAAUAAUCCCCAUCUGUAAAGCAGGAAGCCUUAUGCUAAAGCUUCCAGGCUUCAUAGACGUGGAUUCAAGUAUUUGCUAUUUGUAGUUAAUGGGCUUAAAACAACUAUUCUGGUUCUUUGAAUUGAAAGAUAAAACAUGUGAUUUUUUUUUUGUGUGUGUGAGAAACGUAAUGGAUAUGCAAUUUCUUAAAAAAAAAAAAUUUUUUAGAUUUGAUCUAACUAAUAAUUAAAGAUCUUUUCAGAGUUUACAGAGUUUUCAGAAUGUAAUGUUACAAUCAUCAGGUGUUGGAAGAGCCUUCCAACGAUCACAAACUUUGAUUUGACACAGCAGUGUGUCAGUAUGUGAGUCUUACCACAUCUCAGGUGUAAUUCCAGGUAUCCGGUGUUCUUCUGUGAUCUGCCAUACUUGAUUGUAUAAUUUCCACUGAUCAGUGGCAGAAACCCCGAGAGCAAUGCACAAUGUUUGAAAGGGUCGUAAGGUAUGGGAUGUAUUUUAUGUGAUGUCAAAUAUUGGUGCUUUACUCUCUAAAACACAAAAAGUACACUUAUGGCCCUUAUAAACCAGCAUUCCUCUAAGAUGUUAAAUUGAAUAAAGUGGGGAAACACUCAGAUGGGUUUGCUUGUAUUUCAAUGAGCUUUUUGAAAUUUUCCCGCCUCCAAAUAAAAAAUGGGGUUGCUCUUAUCAUGUGCGUGUUGGAUUAUUUUUUAUAAGCAUGCAGCUGUAAAGGUUUUCUUUGCACAGUAUUUGUUUAACAAUCGAGUUAAAUCACAAUGUUCAGAGAAGACAUAAAGAAACAUUGGAUCGCAUUUCUGACUUGGAUUAACUCACUUACACUUUUCUUCCCCUCCUGGUUUUACGUUACCAGCUGCCGGUGGCACUGAAAGCUCAUGAAUUCUUAAAAUGUGCCGUAUCGUGUGUCAGCCCGGGGACAGCUGGAGGCUUUUAUCACUCCUUGUUUCUCCACGUCUCCAUCGCAGGCCGCCCGCCGGUCACCCACAGUACCCCUCUGACCAGGAAAAAACCUGAGCAGACACGAGCAGCGGUCACUCCAGCAAAGCCUGUCUCGGAACGCAGCGACCGGCCUCACCUGUACUGAAAGUAGAGGCCACUGUAAGGGUCAGGGAGAGGUAGUACAGCUCUGGAGUAGUCUUAGCCUACAAAAAAACAAUGAAAAUCAUUCUGAUUUGUUUGUUUUGUGCAGUAAUUCUUGUUAUAA